AUGUUCGCACUAAACAACAACGUCUUCCUUUGCAUCACAGGUGUGAUCGGAGUGCUGGCCACAAUAGCAGCCGGACUUCUCAUACAUCUGUGUCUCUUCCAUGCUUACAUCUCUUACCUAGGUAUCACUACGUACGAGUAUAUCAGAAAUUACAGAGGCGUCCCUCAAAGAAGUUCUCUUCCAUCCAAUUCCGAGCCGAUUUUUACAGUGCACGAGUACCAGAAUGGCACAAAGCAUGGUUCGCAGUGCUCGAGCGAAAGGAGCCCAGACGAAACCCAAUACCAAAGUGUGUGUCAUAAAUUGAUGAAUCGUUCGCAGGGACAAAAUGAAAAUCAACCAGGUAUCGCCAAACCACCGGACAAGAGCACCUUCAAUCAAAUAACAACUUUGAAGAGGGUAGACGGUAAGAAUCAGCUAGUCGUCAGGAAGACUUGUCCCGGAUGCCGCUACUGCCAGAUGCUGAAGGCAGAUCCUACCUUGAAAGAACAAAUCGACGCCUACAAGAGGAAGUCGGCCAGGAGGAAGCAGAACCGGAGGGAGCGGGGCUGGCGGGUCUGUGGGACGGACGCCGAGACCCGGAGGAACCAGGUGAGGCCCAGCCGGAGCAUGCCGGCCUCCUUCAGCGCGGGCAGCAUCAGCUCGGCCUCCAUGCCGGAGAGGAGCAGCUCGAUGACCUCUUUGCCGUCGCUGCCGCCUCCGGUGCGCCGCCAGAUGCAGACCGUGUCGCUGAAGGAACUAUCGGAGGUGCUGGCGGCGGUGCAGGGCCCCCGGGUCCAGCGGCGUCCUCUCCCGCGGCGCCAGCUGAAGAGGAAGAGCAACCCCAUGUCCCCGGCCCUGUCCCCCAUCCACGAGUCGGGACUCUCCAACCCAUCCACCCCGCACAUGGCGGUCCGUCCACGGCAGGCCGCCUGGGUACCGCCCCCCAUCGCACGAUAA